UAUUGAAUCAUGGUUAAAAAAGGAUGAAAAUUCUAAAAUAUGUCCAUUUUGUCGUGAUUCAUAUGAUGAGGAAGAAUAUGAUAUAAUAUUAAGACAAAUUGAUGAAAGUAGACAUUUGAAACUUAAGAGAAAAAAUAAAGAAGAACAAACAACAAAGGAAAGUUUUGAUUCGUUAUUAAAAAAAAUAGAGAGAGAAAGAGAGACAGAAUUAUCAAAUUUGAUAGAAGAUAUUAAA